GAGAUAGCAUGCAAUACGUUCAGGCUUCGUAUCUCUGUACUGCGCGUCAUCCAAGACAGCAGCAAACUCACGCUCUUGGACUUCCAUGAGAGGCUUCUGUAUUGGGCACGUUCAUCUGAAGACUCCCCUGGCGAACAUAACCUCCAGAGGUGACUUCAGCGCGAGCGCGAGCGCGAGUGUAAGUUGCUGCAACCUUAGGCAGACAUGGCUCUUGGCGCGUUAAACGCAACUUCCUCUCUCAUGCUUCGUCGAGCCUGCCGACGGUCAUGGAACAAUCAACCAUGAGGGACGAAACUUCACCUCCACCUACAUGUUCUCAAACUACCUCACCGGACUCUUCAAAGUCCUUUGGCCGUCAACCUUGUUCCUGACCUUCUCUGUCACUUCUCUCGUGAUCUAUCGCCUUUUCUUCCACCCGUUGGCGAGAGUUCCAGGACCCAGACUCGCCGCCAUAUCAAAUGUCUGGUAUGCUUAUCACGCCCGCAAUGGGGACAUGUUGCGCCUUGGCAAGACGCUCCAUCGUAAAUAUGGUCAUGCGGUGAGAGUUGGACCAAACGAGGUGUGGUUCGACAGCAAAAAGGCCUUUGCGAAAAUUUACAGCGCCACUCAAGGCUACGAUAAGUCGAAUUUCUAUUUAGCCACUUCUCUCAAUCGUCCCAAGUUCGAUUUCUCUUGUUUCACCCUUCACUGUCCCGACACUCUCGAUCUCCUCUCCGAAAGAGACAUGGAUCGUUACAGACUGCAGCGUCGACUCAUUGGACCUUUGUACUCAAUGCACAACGUGCAGAGAUAUGAAAAAGCCGUCGAAGACGUGUUGAUCAAAGUCAUCAGACAAUUGAAAUCUCUCAAUGGCUCUCAAGUCGACCUCAAAAUGUGGAUGCACAUCAUCACCGUUGAAUGUCUCUCCGCAACCGUACUCUCCUACUCGCCAGGCUAUUUGAGAGCACAGAACGACUUCGGCUCGUCCCACCACGCAUACAUGAAUUGGCGACGGAAAUCCGUCUUUGGCCUCUUCACCUGGGCUGUGCUAGCAGAAAGCUAUUCCAAAGGCGCCGGAAGACUCUUUGCUCGCCUCUGGAGAGUCACCUUCGUCACGCCUGCGCCUUUCAAACCUUUUUUCACACCCGUCUACUCCAAGAUCACGAAACGCAUCGCAGCCGCUUUACAUCCAAAACCUCCCAAAGAUGAGAGACAAGACUUGAUAGCAGAUUUGAUCGACUUGCACAAAGAGAAACCGGAGUUCACGUUGACGUAUCUAAAACGCAUGGCCAUGACCAACUUUGGCGCUGGGCACGAAACGACGACUUCGGCACUCAUUUCUUCCAUUGCGAUGUUAGCUUCACAUCCCACUGUUCUCACAAAGGUCGAGACUGAAACACGUCAACAGCAAUCCAAAGGACCAAUCUCAUACUCCGAAGUCAUCGAUCUCUCAUACACGCAAGCCGCGAUCAAAGAAGCUCAACGACUCUAUCCAGUUCUCGGCAUGAGUCCCUCCCGCACAGUGCCUUCCACCGAAGCCGGUGGCCUCCACCUCCACUCCUUCCCUAUCCCACCCGGCACCCGUGUUGGCUGUAAUCCCGUAUCUCUACACCGCAACCCAGAAAUCUUCGGACCUGACGCCGAAGACUUCAUUCCCGAGCGCUGGCUUGCAGACAGUAAAUCUGUCCGAGAAAUGGAGCGAUACAACCUCACCUGGGGUGGCGGAGCGAGGACUUGCCCGGGAAAGAAUCUGGCACAGUUGAUCUUGUACAAGGUGGUAGCGACAUUAUUUCGAGAGUUUGAUAUUGAGGUGGAGAUGCCGAACGAGGAGGAAAUAAAAUACUACUUCAUGGCGAUGUUGACCGGCGUCAAAGUGAGAUUCAGGCCGAGAGAACAGGCGGAGGAGCGUGAAGAGGGUUGAUCGUGGAUAUGUUGAGUAGCACCAGGCAAAAGUCCCGUACUGCUUCUUCAUUAUCGUAUUAUGCUAAGACGAGACUUGUCCCCCGUCUGUAUACAGUCCCACAAGCGCGGCUGGGCUCACGCCUUUUCAUAACCGCAUGUGUCAUUAAUCAUGAACGCCAUUUCAUGCAAAAUAUCCCGUUAUCCCGAUGCUCGCUCAUAACGCUGUUCAUAAAAGAAUCCGCCGCAAGCAGAAAAGCAAAACAUAAGAAGCAGAAAGAAAAAGCAGAAAACUCAAAUGCCCGUCUUAUACAUCGUCCUCGACAUGCCCGACCGGUGUCGAUACACCAGCUGCUUGUCAACGAUGGCAGGGACGAGGUCAUCCGGGACAUUCAAAAAGUCCUCCA